CGAAAACGUCGUAAGGAAAAGUAUACUACCACACUACAUGAGGACGACUUUCCAGUAUAUGAAAAGAGCGAUGCUCCAACACAAUUUCGCCUAGACAAGACAGAUUCGAGCCCGGCCUCAUCUGUAAACACCAGCUCUACGUAUGACAAAGCCUGG